AUGUCUCGGUGGGAAAGGUACCUAGAGUCUAUAUACUACGAUGUAAAACAUCCUGGGAGUUAUGCAGGUCCUAGUAAACUGUAUCAAGCUGUUAAAGCAGAGGGUAAAUUUAAAAUUCCUCUGACAUGGUUGAAAGGUCAAGAGACCUAUACCAUGACACAUCAAGUGAGGCGAAAGUUCCCAUGUAAUACCUAUGUUGUGGAAGGGUUAGACAGUCACUGGCAAUCCGAUCUAAUGGAUAUGGUCAGUUUGGCUAAAUACAAUGACGGGGUGAGAUACCUCAUGGUGAUCAUUGACCUGUUCUCCAGGUACUUGUGGGUGCUACCACUCAAGUCGAAAACGGGGAACGACGUGGUAGAUGCUUUGAUAGAAUUCUGGAAAUUAGAGUCCAGAAAACCCAAAUUGUUUCAGUCCGAUUCAGGGUCAGAAUACAAGAACCAUAAGGUCAAAGCAUUGUUGAAGUCGCAUGGCAUAACGCAGCUGUUUGCUCUAAAUGAAACCAAAGCAAGUUAUGCCGAACGGGUCAUUAAAACCAUCAAAAUGCGUCUCUAUCGCUACAUGUUAAACAACUUUACUUACAAGUACAUGGAUGUCCUAGACAAGGUCGUCUAUAGCUAUAACCACACCAAGCAUCGAAUGUUAGGUCAAACACCAGCCAGUGUCAACCAAACGAACGAAGGAGAGGUCCGUCUGUCUCAGUACCUGAUCAAACCUAAAAAGGCAAUCCACAAAAAGAAGUUUACAUUUAACAUAGGUGAUAAAGUACGAGUCAGUCAUCUUCGGGGCACCUUUGAUCGGGAAUACCAAGAGAAAUGGUCUGGCGAAAUAUUUACCAUUGAGAAAAGGUACUGGUCUCAAGGUAAAGACUUGUACAAAUUAAAGGACUGGGGUGGUGAUGCCAUCGAAGGGACAUUCUAUGCAGCUGAACUUCAAAAGGUGACUGAGAAUCCUGAUAAACUGUACCGUAUCCAAGACAUUGUGAAAAGGAGAACUCGUAACAAACAGAAAGAAGUGUUGGUCAAAUGGCUUCACUGGCCUAAGAAGUACAAUUCGUGGAUAUCACACAGUAUAAAAGACCUCAGCACAUGUUUGACUUUUCAUUAUCAUGGAAGAAAUUGUAGAGACACAACCUCUGUCAAGAAGUCAUUCGGGUGA